UCAUUCAACUUUCUUCGCCCAUACGCUUUUGGGGUUUGGAUCCCGAGCUUGAGAUUGUUCCCCAUGAAAGCGAUUUCCUCGUCUCCUCUUCCUUCGUCCUUUCCUAAAUCCUCACCGUCAUGUUCUGAUAUCCGAAGUUCUACCUAUGUCACUUGCCAUUCGGAUUGUUGCAAGUCAACUUCUCAAGCAUCUUUGUUUUUGUGUUCUAGCUCCACCAAUAGAAAAAAUGGAAAGCUUGGGGGACCAUUUUGUUUGAAUCCCUCUGGCAAGAGAAGCUUAGUUGGUCCAACAUCAUAUUCCGUGGACACGAGUGUGUAUGAUCUGACUGCUUUAGAAUCUCCUUCCCAUGCUGUUGAAGAAGAAGCUGGCGUGCUGCUUCUCAAUCUAGGAGGACCGGAGACUUUGAAUGAUGUUAAACCUUUUCUAUUUAAUCUUUUUGCCAAUCCUGAUAUCAUUCGUCUCCCGAGGUUGUUUCGGUUUCUCCAGCGACCAUUGGCAAAAUUAAUUUCUGUACUUCGGGCUCCUAAAUCCAAGGAAGGGUAUGCUGCUAUUGGUGGUGGCUCUCCUUUACGCAAAAUUACAGAUGAUCAGGCACUUGCACUUAAAAUGGCUUUGGAAGCAAAGGGCCUCUCUUCAAAUGUCUAUGUUGGGAUGCGGUACUGGUACCCGUUCACUGAAGAAGCAGUUGAGCAAAUUAAGAGGGAUGGGAUAACAAGGCUUGUGGUACUACCCUUUUAUCCUCAGUUUACUAUAUCGACAACUGGGUCAAGCAUCCGUGUUAUCCAGCAUAUUUUCAGGGAAGAUGCAUAUUUGUGUAGGCUUCCUGUUUCCAUUAUAAACUCAUGGUAUCAACGAAAAGGUUAUAUUAAGUCAAUGGCUGACUUAAUUGAGAAAGAGCUCGAGAGUUUUUCUGAACCUAAGGUGGUAAUGAUAUUUUUCAGUGCCCAUGGUGUUCCAGUCAGCUACGUUGAGGAUGCUGGUGAUCCAUACCGAGAUCAAAUGGAGGAGUGCAUCUUCUUGAUCAUGAAAGAGUUGAAAGCUAGAGGAAUUAGAAAUGAGCACACUCUUGCUUACCAGAGUCGAGUGGGUCCUGUACAGUGGCUGAAACCGCAUACAGAUGAAGUUCUUGUUGAGCUUGGCCAAAAAGGUGUGAGGAGUCUUUUAGCUGUUCCAGUGAGUUUUGUGAGUGAGCAUAUUGAGACCCUUGAAGAAAUUGACAUGGAGUACAAGGAAUUGGCCCUUGAAUCUGGCAUCAAGAAUUGGGGUCGUGUCCCUGCCCUUGGUGUUAAUCCUUCCUUUAUUACAGAUUUGGCAGAUGCGGUAAUAGAAGCUCUCCCAUCGGCAAGAGCAGUGUAUGCACCAACUAGCCCCUCUGAAGAUGAUCAUGACCCAGCUAGAUAUUUUAUUAAGAUGUUCUUUGGUUCAAUCUUGGCAUUUGUCUUGUUCUUGUCACCAAAAAUGAUCAUGGCAUUCAGGAAUCAUGUCAUUUAG